AUGAAACCCAAUCCAUCCACAUCCACAUCCACCCAAUCCACUCUAGCACAAUCUACUCCUAAACCCACCCAAACUCUACCUAAACCCACUUCAACUUCCGCCUAUACACCAGAAGACAUUAUGCACUUCCUAGCCACUCUAAUAGCUCAAGUCCAAGAUGAAAAGUACCCUAAGUACCGCCAAAAACUCUUUAACUGCUACAUCAACCAUUCCAUUCGCUUUAUUCAAAAUGACAAGGCCCCCAUGCCCCAACGUUUCCUCAUUACCCUUACCAUGCUCACUUUCACCCAACAACUUCAAAAUACCUCUACUAAUACCACUACUAACACCAAUACCAAUACCAAUAUCAAUACCAACACUACUAAUACCAAUACGAAUAAGAACACGAAUACUAACACCUCUACUUCUACUAACACCAAUACUAACACCAAUACCACUACUACCCCCACCCCUACCACUACUCACUCAAUUCAACUAAACAUUCAGCCAGUUCAAAAGAUGCAAGAUCAAGUCGUCCAAUACCUCUGCCAAAAACAAGUCGCUAAAAUCCGCGCCCUCAUUCUUGACCUCCAUCCUACAUCCACUUACAGCACCGACCUCCAAUACUCCGUCCAGCCAGAACCCUGGCUCCUCCAACUCACCCAAGAACUCGACCUCAUCCUACCCCCAGAAACCACCAACUUCAUACCUACCACCCAAACUUUCACUCUCCUCCAUACUCACCUCCUCAACCUCCUCAUUCAAGAUCUCAAAGAUAUCUUCAUUGCCCGUACCCAACCCUUCGGACGUAAAGGCAAUCUCCUCGUUAUCAACCUUCUCUACUUACAAGACUUCUACCAAAAAAGAAACAUCCCAACCCAAGCCAUCCUCAACCUUAUCAAACAAGUCCAUCUAAAUUUCAAAAACAAAGAUAUGAUAGAACCAAUUUCACAAUUAAGAAACAUAACCUCUACAUAA